AUGUUCCUUCCGGAGGACUACCCAAACUCCGUCAGCGACGAUUACGCGGCGUUUCAGGCUUGGGACACCGCGCAGGGUCUCUCCUCUUACGUCCGGGGAUCGUUAACGACCAAGGCUCUGUUGGAGGGCGUCGGCGUAGGAGCCACCGGCGCCACCGCGGCGAGCGCGGCGGCGCAGUUCAUCGCGCGGGACAUGUGCGGCAUGGUCGGCGGGCUCGUCUUCACGCUCGCAAAGGGACGCCACCUCGACGCGGAGGCGAAGCAGUGGCGGCUCUUCGCCGACCUCGCCAACAACGUCGGCAUGGCGAUGGAGCUUGCGGCGCCGCUCGCCAACGAUCGCUGGUGGUUUCUCGCGUUGGCGUGCGCGGGAAGCGUGGCGAGAAGCCUCUGCGGGUGCGCCGCGGGGGCGACGCGCGCGGCGCUGACCCAACACUUCGCGCGGGCGCGGAACGCCGCGGACAUCGCCGCGAAGGAGGGGUCCCAGGAGACCGCAGUCACCCUCGUCGGCAUGUCGCUCGGAGUCGCGGUGACGACGUCGACGGAUGGGAAAACCGCGUGGCAGUGGGCGGUGUUCGUCGCGCUCACCGUCGCGCACGUGUACUGCAACGUUCGCGCGGUGCGGAGCCUGGUGAUCGACUCGCUGAACCGCGAGCGCGUCGUGCGGCUGCUCGCGAGAUAC